GAGAGCUUGCACCACCAUACUUUUUACAAUACAUAUAUUUUUUUUCAAGCAGUUGAUAAAACUCAGAAAUAUUUAACAAAACAAACUAAUCUUAUCUUUUGAUACCUGGAAACACUGGAAAAUGAAAUACCGAAAAAUUUGGUGGCUGUCAUUUGGUUACUCCAGUCUAAAUUAGUCAUAACAUAGAUCGCUACCCGUUUCAAGAUACUAGCAAUGAUUUGUCGGCAGGUAUGUUUUACGAUAUCGGUAUCAAUCUUAUUACUGUGCCCCAAAGCAGAAGUGAUCGAUGAAAAUGAAAUAGAACGCUUUUGCUAUCCGGAACAGCACAAAAACACUCGAAAAUCGUGCGAGUGCAGCAACGAUAAUGCUCCUCCAUGGGGUAUUCGCGCCAUAAACAUCGAUUGCAGCUACAAGAAUUUGAAGAACGCCGACUUCUCUGAGGUGCUGCCGCUCUAUGUAAACCUACUGGACUUGUCUUGGAAUGCAAUGGAUUUGGUACCGACGUUGGCCAGCGACAGCCUGCGCAUUCUAAAUGCUAUGCACAACAACAUCAGCACUAUCAGCAACAAAAAGUUUGUCAAGGCCGCGAACCUUCGCAAACUCUACUUAAGCUGGAAUAGCAUACAGUCAAUUGAAUUGAACGCCUUUGACGAGCUGGUGCAUUUACAAGUUCUUGAUUUGUCGCACAACAACUUACAUACUUUGGGACUACAACUAUUUCGGUCUUUACUUGUGCUGGAGACGUUAAAUCUGUCGUGGAACCGACAUCUCAAUCAGACCGAGGCCAUACAAGAACAAGACUUUUAUCGUACUUUCGGUGUGAACUUUAAAAUCAGGGUGUUACGCCUGCAAGCAUGCAGCUUGACAGAUCUGGUCUUGCCCGAGAAAGCUCCACUUGUCGAAUUAGACCUGCGCCAUAACAAGCUCGAAAAAAUUCCAUCGAAUCUGCCAAGUACUUUGGCAAAACUUGAUAUCAGUGAAAAUUUGUUUCAGACUUUUUCACCUGCCAUCACCGCCAACCUGUCUGCCACGAUAAGUGAGCUGUACGUGGAAGAUAUGCCGCGUCUACAGUCGGUCGAAGAAAAUGCAUUUUAUCCGCUGACCGGGUUAAAAAAGAUUAGCUUCCAGAACAGUCGUCGCUUGAAUAAAUUUAGUGGACAUGCUUUCGGUGCAGAAGCUAGCCGUUUUCCAGAGCUACGCACUUUAAUUUUUCGUGGCACUUCUGUGGGCUCACUUAACGCUACUUUGGCACCACUUUUCACGAAACUUGCAGAACUCGAUCUCAAUGGUAUGCCGCUGGUGUGCGAUUGCGAAUUAGUGUGGAUCAAAGAAAUUAAAUUGGACACGAAAGGCCGGUGCUUCAAUCCAUCGCGAUUACGGGGUGAAAGCAUGAUCAAUGUCGAGAAUUCCGACUUUAGUUGUGCCCAUUGGCCACACUGGGUAGCUGGGCUCUUUAUUUUCGCUCUCAUACUGCUGUGUGCCGCUGGUAUUUACGCAAUAGUUAUGUGCCUACGCCCGAACAGGGGAGGAGUAACGCUACGUAGGAAGGUGGGGUCUGGCAGUCCCUAUGCCAGAGUUACAAUCGAACCAAACAGACAGGAAAACUAUUAUUGAUUUUGAUCCUUUUAAAGAUUGGCAAUAUAUUUAUGUACAUAUGUAUGUAUGUUUUUGUGCAAAUAAGCUUGUAUUUAAUAUUGCUUUCGUAUACAUUUAAGGAAAUAUGUAGAUAUAUGGACAUAAGUAUUUUUGCAAAAAUAACAAUUCCUGUGGAUAGGUGCACAUAUUAAAAGACUUGUACGUAGAGGUAUGCAAUAUCUAAAAAUAUUUAUGUAGUUUUUUUUAAAUAAAUUUUUAUUUAUUAUCUAAAUGAA